GCGCCCGGGAAGGGACUGACGCAAGGACGGUGGCUACAAGACAAGCUGCUUGCCUACACCGCUGGCACCAUUCUAGAGGCGGGCUCCGAUACUACCGCCAUGGCCAUAGCGACAUUCGUGCUCUAUAUGCUUAGCUACCCGAACGUACUGCAGAAAGCGCGUGAGGAGAUUGAUGUCGUGGUGGGUGCAGACCGGAUGCCGGACUUCGAUGACGAAGAACGAUUGCCGUACCUUGUGGCCUGUAUCAAAGAGAGCCUGAGACAUCGGCCGGGCAUUCCGCUGGCUAUACCACAUGCGACGAUCGAGGACGAUUUUUACAAAGAUUUCUACAUUCCAAAGGGCUGCACAGUGAUCGGGAACCUGUGGGCAAUCCAGAGGGAUCCCAAUACUUUCUACAACCCAACGGCAUUCAUUCCUGAGCGGUUCUAUGAAGCAGACAAACCGACUCGUUGGGACACUCGCCCGAUAUCGCACGAACGGCAGAUUUAUGCGUUUGGAUGGGGUCGCCGCUUCUGCCCGGGCAGCCACGUAGCAGAAGCAUCCCUAUUCAUCACCCUGUCUCGCAUACUUUGGGGAAUCGACUUCUACGCGCCGCUGGAUCCGAAGACGAAACGACCGAUAUUGCCUGACAUCGCGAACGAGGAGAUGACGUGGAGCGAAGGCUUCGUUAGUGUGCCACACACUUUCAAAGCCGGAUUCGCUCCACGGUCUGCCAAACACGCUGACAUGAUUCGCAAGUCUUUCAAUGGGGUGCAGUCUGAGUGGCAGUUGUUGGGACUGGAAGGAGAUGAUCGGUGA